AUGGAUGAUCCAAAAUCACAAAUUGCACCUCUAAUCCACACCCUCUGUUCCGGGGCUCCCUCCGCCCAACAACAAGCCCUCGAAGCGUACUUUACCCCCGACGCGUCGUUCUCGCAUCCGCUGUGCUCGGUGCCUUCUUUUUCUUCUGUUGGACUACCUGUGGUUGGAGAGGUGAAUAGUAGAUGGGUAUUAGGGUGCGUGUAUAAAUGGUAUAAGGUGUUGAGUCCAAGGGUUGUGGUGGGCGUGGAUGGAGUUGAAUAUAACCCUGAAACGCAAACUCUUUUCCUCCAACUCCAUCAGCAAUUUCACCUCUUCUUCGUUCCAUUCUUUUAUCCAACAGUAUACCUAACCACCAUCCUUUAUCUCGCUCGCGCCAAAGACUCUUCCGAGGAUAAAUACCUCGUAAAGCACCAAGAAGACCUCUAUCAAUCCGCAGAACUCGUGAAGUUUUUCUGGCCAGGAGGAACACAGAUCAUUAGCUUUUGGAGAUGGAUUGCAACUUUGUUUUGUAUACUUGGGGCUAUGGCAUUUGCGCCGGUGACAUGGAUGGAGGAGUGGGGAUGGUUUGGCAAUGGGAAGGAUGUGAAGAGGGGCGAGAAAGAAGACGGAGAGGAACGCGAGACAGGUGGUUGCGAGACUAAUAGGGUGAAUGAUUCGAGGAGGGAGAAGAGAAGGAAAACGAUUAAUGGGUCGGGGAGGAAGAAUUGA